AAUAAACUAUGGUAUGGUAUGAGCUGUUGCCUUGCAGCAAGGAGGUCCUGGGUUCGCUUCCCGGCCUGGGAUCUUUCUGCAUGGAGUUAGCAUGUUCUCCCUGUGCAUGCGUGGGUUCUCUCCGGGUACUCCGGCUUCCUCCCACAGUCCAAAAACAUGACUGUUAGGUUGAUUGGUCUGUCUAAAUUGUCCUUAGGUGUGUGUGUGUGCAUGGUUGUUUGUCCUGUGUGUCUCUGUGUUGCCCUGCAAUGGACUGGCUCUCUGUCCAGGGUGUACCCCGCCCGUUGACUGCUGGAGAUAGCAUCCCCCCCUACGUGGACAAGCGGGUUCAGAAGAUGGAUGGAUGGUAUGGUAUGGUGACGAUGAGUGCUGAAGCAGCUGAUAGGGUUGCUGCGGUAACCAGCAGCCAGCCCAGCACUCCUCUGCAGAUCUCCUGGUUUGAGUUCCUGCUGGACAACAGCCUACUGGAGAAACACCUGCAGAAGACCGGCGCUGAUCCCAGUCCAGUGCAGCUGAUCGUCCAGUUCCUGGAGCAGGCGUCCAAACCGUCGGUCAACGAGCAGAAUCAGGUGCAGCCGCCAGCCGACAACCGAAGGAACCGCACGCUGAAGCUGCUGGCACUGAAGGUUGCUGCUCACAUGGAAUGGGAUCUGGAUUCUCUGGAGAAAGGCUUGACCAUCCCGGUGUUGAACAUGCUGCUGAACGAGCUGCUGUGUGUGAGCAAAGUACCGGCCGGCAUGAAGCACGUGGACCUGGACCUCGCCACCUUACCCCCCACCACGGCCAUGGCCGUCAUCAUUUACAACCGCUGGGCCAUCAGAACCAUCGUGCUCAGCAGCUUCCCAGAGAAGCUGACCAAGCCUGGACCUCACCAGAUGAACAUGUUAAACUUGGUCCAGCAGGAGAAGGAGAUGACUGAGAACAUCCUGGCUGUGCUGAAGGAGCAGGCAAAUGACUCCAUCAGCGUCCUGCAGAGGGCGCUGCAGCUGAAGAAGGACUUCUACGUCCACACUCUAAGGACUCUGGACCUGCUUGGUGCCGAUGCUGCUGCUAAUGGAGAAACGGAGUCAUCCACGGCUGGGCUUCGGAUCAGCGCUGACCAGCUGCACUGUCAGGUGUGUUACGACCUGGGAGGUGUUUUCUUCCAGCAGGGCUGCAUGGACCAGACGGCCUAUAAGAAGGCCCAGGACCAUUUCAGACACACCAAGGAGCUUCUGAAGAAGCUGGACCAGACUGUCCACGUUCACCUGGACGAGAAGCGUCUAAACGGCUACUGGAACGCCUGCAAGGCUCUGGCGGGAGACUGUGACCCCUCUGACACCCAGAUGACCCAAUGUGACCAGAUCAACAACCUGAUCCGGGCCUGCGACUACCAGGCCGUUGUCGAAGCCUUCAUCAAAGACAACUCGUCUCAAAGUUUGCAGAACCACUUCAGACGGUCCAUCCUCAGGGAGCUCCAGUACAAAGUCCAACAAGGGGACUCGGGUCUGGAUGAGGUCUGUCACAAGGUUUGUGUUUGUAACGCGGUCCGAGACGCUCUGGAGGGAGAAGUCCCCAGCGUGGGCUUCCAGCAGCUGCUGCUCAGACCCAGCAGAAGAACGCUGGACUUCAUGUUGGAGGUUUGCACACGCUCUCUGGAGCAGAGGCCACCGUCUGAGAGGUCCAGAAGCAACAUGGCUGACUUCUUAAGGACUCUGUGUGAGAGCCUGGAGGACCUGUCUCAGGUGUUUGUGGUGACGUCUCAUAAACUGUUCCUGGAGCUGCUGAAGGAGGAAGAGAGGAAGAUGCUGCUGGAGCAGAUGAAGAAGAGGUCGGCCACAAUCAACCUCAGUGCCAAACCCUUACCGUCCUUCUACGACAUCCCAGCUUCGGCCAGCGUGAACAUCGGACAGCUGGAGCAGCAGCUCAUCCUCUCUCUGGAUCCUCGCAGGGUCAGACAGAUUCUCAUCGAGCUUCACGGAAUGGCAGAGCGAUCCUUCUGGAGAGUCAACAGCAAGUGGGAGGUUCCUGCAGAAUACAUCGUUGUCAUCCUUGGGAUCAAAGACAACCUGACCAAAGACCUGGUUUACAUCCUCAUGGCCAAAGGGCUCCUCAGCAUCUCUGUGAAGGACUUCGCCCAUGCUCGCCUGCUCUUCUCUGCCUGCCUGGAACUCGUCACAGAGUUCUCCCCUAAGCUGCGGCAGGUGAUGCUCAACGAGAUGCUGCUGCUCGAGGUCCGAGCCCAUGAGGCCAUGGCAGCCGAGGGCAGCAAGGAGCGGCCGCCGCCAGACCUGGUCAGCAGGGUCAGAGGUUACCUGGAGAUGAGGGUUCAUGAUGUUCCUCUACGCCAGGUGAUAGGUGAGGAGUGUGUCGCCUUCAUGCUGAACUGGAGAGAGAACGACUACUUGACCCUGCAGGUGCCGCCGUCUCUGGUCAUGAACAACCCGUUCAUCAAGCUCGGCCAGCUACUGGCCUCCACCUGCAAAGAGCUUCCAGGUCCAAAAGAAAGUCGGCGCACAGCCAAGGAGCUGUGGGACGUGGUGGUCCAGAUCUGCAGCGUCUCGGUCCAACACAAGAGGAGCAGCGAUGGCCGACUGGGUCUCAUCAAACAUAGAGAGUCGACUCUGGGCAUCAUGCAGCGGAACAAGUUCAUCACCUUCAUAAAGAAACUCCGAGAGCCGCUGGUGCUGACCACCCUGAUCUCUCUGUUCGUCAGACUCCACAGCAUCGUACGGGAUGACAUCGUGAAUGAAGUGACAGCAGAACAUCUCUCCAUCUGGCCUUCUUCACUUCCAAACCUUCAGGCGGUGGAUGUGGAGGCUGUGGCUGUCACGGUCAGAGAGCUGGUUUCUUUUGCUCUCAGUCUGAACCCACACAACCAGUCCUGGCUUGGAACACAGGCUGACAUCUACUUCGUGACCAAUCAGUACUGCGCUGCACUGAACUUUUACCUCCAGGCUGGAGCCGUGUGCUCCGACUUCUUCACCAAGCCAGUUCCUCCUGAUGUGUACACGGACCAGGUUCUGAAGAGGAUGAUCAAGUGCUGCUCAAUGUUGAAUUGCCACACGCAGGUUGCGGUUUUAUGUCAGUUUCUGAGGGAGGUGGACUACAUGACCGCUUUCAAAGCUCUCCAGGAGCAGAACAGCCAUGAUGCCAUGGACUCCUUCUAUGAUUACAUCUGGGACGUCACCAUCCUGGAGUACCUCACCCAUAUUCACCACAAACGGGGCGAGACUGAGAAGAGACAAGUCGCAUUUCUGCUCCGUGUUCAGAUGAAGGCCAUCGGACAGACGGAGCUCAACAGCAGCAAUCCAGAGGAAGUUCUGCAGCUGGCAGCUCAGAAGAGGAAGAAGCGGUUCCUGCAGGCCAUGUCCAAACUCUACUUCUGACUCACCUGUUCCCUCACUUUGCUUUGGUUUUGUACAAAUAAACUUUUGGAUGAAUGCA